GGUCAUGCCCAUUGGCUGAUCUUUCCCCCGCACAACACCGUUCAUCCAUCCUAGCACAGCCACGCCUCGAGCUGCGCCUAUUAAGUUAUCUCACCAAAACGACUUGGAACACUCGCCUCCAAUCGCAUCGCUGCGCAAGGGUAUGCCAACACACGUGCAGUGGUCUGGCACUAUACGUUCGCCACCACGGCUGCCUGAGGACGGUGCUUCCAGAAAACGGCAAUGCUAAAUCUAUAGAACACGCCGAUGUGCAACUUGCCUGUUCAUUACGGAUACACGCAAGAGCUCCACAGCGAAUCAAAGAAAAAGUCAAUAUGCCGCUAUGCAGUCUUUGCCAGUCGCUCGACGUCCUCAACAUCCCUAAAUUAUCAGACGACUACAGAAUCCACACUGUCACUCGACGCGACUACCCGUGCCUAGUCAAAAUAAUAAGCCAACCUCUCAGAGAACUUUGGAAGAACAAGGAAGAUCGUCCACAGGACCAAGAACCCGUCGGACUACCCUAUCACCAAUCCGUCGAAGACCUUGAAGCAGCCGCAGUUGAUUGCGCAAUCUGCAAGACCGUACAACGCGAUGUCGCGCAAUUCCAAUCCGAGUUCAGUGAGGCGAAGAAGGAACCCGGGAUUGGCGCCGAGCGUAGUGGAGGACCGGAUUGGAAGAUGUGUGUUGUUAGGGGUGUGAAUGAUACUGGAGGUUUCAUGGUGGUAUCGGUCGAUACGAAGGCUUGGCUCCAGAUUUGGGUUGUUGCUGCUGUGGGGUUGUGUGUUGAUUACGACGAUGCGCUUACUGCUGUCGUUCGAGGUCGAAAGACACUCUCGUCGUCUCCGCAUACACUCGCGCAUGCUCUGAAUUGGGUACGCGAUUGUGAUAAACAACGGACGGAUCGGCGCUGUCAUGUCGACGCAGCACCUCUUCCAGCUCGUGUCUUGGAUAUUCGAGGCUCUACAACCCACAGUAUAGCACUGUAUGAGCCUACGGAAGGAGAAUCGGGACGCUAUGCAGCACUGAGUUAUGUCUGGGGCGAGUCAAGCCCCUUCGCAACGACGCGGGACAACAUUGAAGCAAACAAGAGGGGCAUUCAUGUCGACCAGCUCCCAAAGACACUCCAAGAUGCGAUAUCUGUGGCUCGAGAAAUGGGAAUCGGAUACCUAUGGAUCGACUCCCUCUGCAUCUGCCAAGACGACUCAGAAGACUGGUCGCGCGAAACAUCUCGCAUGGGCUCCGUCUACUCGAACGCCUACAUCAUGCUCUCCGCAACCGGUUCCCCCUCUUCUACAUCUGGUCUCUCUAUCUUCUCUCCCAACCGCCCAGCACCCAUCUACUCACCUUUCGAAUACACAACUACAAAUGGUAUCAAAGGAACUCUCCACGCCUUCUCCUCUUCCCGCGAAACGGCCGCAAAACCCUCCUGGGCAGGAGAUAACGCAAUGCUGAAGAACGAACCGCUAAGCCAACGCGGCUGGGCGUUGCAAGAACGCUGGCUUGCGCCGCGGGUGCUGCAUUUCGGUGCCGAGCAGAUGUUUUUCGAGUGCCACUGUUCUUUCCUCAGUGAGCAGGGUUUCUACCUGCCGGGUCGAGGCGAUACUCUGUUUCCAACUACGGCCGGCGCAUCCUCCUCUCACACCCACCCUUCCUCUCCGGAUAAACCUAUCCCAGAUACCCCCAUGCAACAGUGGCACGCAGUCCUAGACGCAUAUUCUAGACGCGCUCUGACGCGUCCCUCGGAUAAACUGCCUGCUCUGUCUGGCCUCGCACGCACCUACGCUUCCUUGAUCCCUUCUCCAUCCACCUACCUUGCGGGAUUUUGGUACAAAACCCUACUUCAGGAUCUCAUCUGGCAGGCCGUCGGCACGACAACCUCGCCGGCAGUAUACCGCGCACCGAGCUGGUCCUGGGCCGCUAUCGACGGGCCGUUCGGCCUCUUCAGCCCGGGUUCUGGUGUGGGCUUUGACAAAGGGGAAUGGACAGCUUUAGCUAAGAUCCACGCUACGAGUGUUACGUUGAAGAGCAACCAAAAUCCUUUCGGCGAGGUAAAGGACAGGUAUUUAGACAUGAGCGCACCGCUAGAACGCUUGCACCCUUCUCCGGAACAGAGAGAAGGCGAAGGCGACGUGUUUCCGAAUCGGCAAAAGGGCGCUUUGGCACAGACGAAGGAGAAGUUGGAAGGAGACAUGCAGCCUACGUAUACUUGUUUCGACACGCCGACUCAUACGGUGAGGGCGAGGGGGAGGGAAUUAUGGGCCGCAGUUCUGUGGAAGCAUGUUCGGCCUGGGGAGAUGGGGAGGGAGGCGGCGUAUCAUGCGGUUAUAGUUGCGAGGGUGGAGGGGAGGGAGGGGAAUGUGUUUGAGAGGUUGGGUAAAGUUCCUUUUUCGGCGAAGGAUUUGGGGGAGUGUGGGUGGAUGGAUGAUGCGGAGUUGGUGGAGAGAUUUACUUUGGUGUGAGUGGACUACCUGGUGCAUCAAUUUCUAUUUGGAGCUUUCCUUGCCCACCGUGCAGAAACGAUGAGAUUCGGCCAUGCUUCUCUGAUCUCCUCGUUCCACCAUUGCUUUGGACAAACACGUUCCAGCAUCUCCAGAUCGCCCUCUUCGUAUGGUAUGAUGUACUCUUCCCAAUAUUUCUCUUCAAUCUCCUCACACGACCUGGCUAGGUCGUACAGUGUGAGCAUGGCGAUGAGCCUGCCAAUGCGCUCAAGAGUGUGUUCUUCUGCGGUCUUAAGCUGGCUGCUUGACGUUUCCUGGUCGUAAAUAUCUCCGUCUUCUUUCAGGGGCCUGAUGACGAUUU